GUUGUUUGUGCGUGGACGUUCACGGACUCCGUGGAACAGGAACCCGAGAUGGAGGGGUCAGGCACGCGCUUCGAGAUGGAGCUGGAGCUGAUGAACUGCCUUGCCAGUCCGGAGUACUUGCAUUACUUAGCUCAGAGUGGAUACCUGGACGACCGAGCUUUUGUCCGGUUUCUGGAGUAUCUGCAGUACUUCAAACGUCCAGAGUACGCCAAGUUCAUCACGUACCCGCACUCCCUGGCCAUGCUUGAUCUGUUGAUCAACAACCCGCCCUUCCGCAAGGAAAUAGCACACGUGAGUUUCCGGGAUUUUGUUCAUCAGCAGCAGUUCUUGCAUUGGCAGUUUGGCAAGACGGCCGCCCCUCCGCGGCCACCAGCAGCAUCAGCACCAGCAUCAGCACCAGCAUCAGUAGGGCAAGGAGCGCAGCCGCCCAAGUAGUAUGGAGCGGCAGGAGAAGUUAACCAUGAAGCGUAUCGCCGAAUUUUCGGAGCAGCGGCUGCGGCUGGUGUACAUACAGGACGAGUUACAAGUGUAUGUUGCGAAUGUUGCGUGCGUCAUCAGCGAACAGAGGGUGGCAAUGGUUGAGACAAACUCAGUUGACUCUCUUAUGUGUGGAAUCUAUAUUCUCGUUUGCCAUGCAGUGCAUGAAAGCACUACUCAACUACCAACAGCAGCUGGGAUACAACGGGUGGGCCCGCCAAGGCUGGGUGUUUGGUUUGUUUGGGAGGUACACGCGUUAUGUCUCGGGCGAUGCUGCUACUGCUGUAGCUGCUACCCGUUCGUGUUGACUCUAUACGGACGCGUCGCGCAUUCAACACACAAGUGCGAACUGUCCAGUGCUGUAUUCAAACUCCAACAAGCUGGUGGGAGAACUUCGCUUGCGUAUACCUCCUUGCUUUGGAUGUGAAAUCGAAUAGUAGCAAGAGGCGGCGUGCUCUCCCAGCGCGCAAGGUUCGAUUGAGCGCAUCCACCUGGUCUCCGCUUCUUCUCGUCCGAAAUGGGGCUGCCGUGCUGGGUGACAAUCUCUACCUAUUAUCACGCCUGUUGCACGACGCCGUUGCGUACCUGAAUUUUACCUCACACGCCGCCUGGCAACACCUUCUCAACCGCCAACGAACGAGGUCGACCGAAUAUCCUUGCGACUCCAGACCGGACUCUGGUGCUGAUGCAGUAUAUCCACCGAUGCCAAGAUACGGGCCUGUCGGUUUAAUCGUAUGCCAUCGUUGGCACCUUACAGAGCAAAGUGUUCCGCGGCCAAUAGCUGGAGGCAUGAAACUACGGUAGCGUAAAAUGUAAGAUGUAAGACACCUUUGUCCACGAGCCCUGGACGUUUUGUCGAUUAUUAGUCUUCCUCGUUGUUGUUGUGCUUUUUUUUUUUCUGCCCUCGACGUUCUACUUGUCAUCUUCCACCACAGCCCGAGCUAUUCAGGCGCAGCUGCUCUCGCGCUGAGCAGCCAAUCGCUACUUGUGCCCCAUGACUCGUCUUCGACUUUAACGCUCUCAUGGUCAUCCGAGGCUGACGAUGUCCCAGAAAGAGAAUGAGGGUACGAUAGACCACGAACGGAUUGCCAUAUAGUCUAUAUUCGUCGGAUAUCUUGUAGACUAUUCAUCCUACAUGUGUUGUCAAGUCCGACGGUUGUUGUAUCUUUAGACUAAUGAUCAACCGGGUGUUCAGAACGACCGUGGGUUCGGGUGGAAGGGAUUCAGAAGUUACGAUAGCCCAUGCAAGUGCGCGUCACUUGGAUAGCGACAGUUCGCUGCAUACGUUUCACGCGAAGUUUUACCCGCUCUUGGCCCUCGGGAGGACGUAUCACCGGCCGACUCUAUUUUACAAGACAACGGGAUCCGCUUCAGCACAUCUAGUCUAACCCAUCGUCUUGCAUUUGUCCAAUCAUCACUCGCUGCAUUGCAGUGCUUGCACCUCCGACUCUCUCGUCAAGGUGGUUCGUACGUAUACGCUAACUACGGUGGUGGGGGGUGGUGCGACCUUCUUUGCGUAAUUGUUCAACCUAUUGCACGCGACCAACUGCGAAGCCCCUGGAUGGGUGUUGCGACUUCGCAUGCAUGCCCCGAGCUUGUGUACCAUGCACCAUGGUGUUAUUAUUGUACAGACAGCACUUCAGACAGUAGUACGCUGUAGUCGACAAACAUUCAUUUUGGUUCAAUGCGGGACAAGGGGGGUGAUGCUGCUGCGGUAGCCGAUUUGUAGUGUGUGGGCGUGUAGUUCAGUUGUGAGCAUGCAAACGUGCUGCAGGGAUUGCUGGUGUACCUCCUCGGGCUUGCGUACCCUUUUCUUGCUAAUAGUGUGUGUGUUCUUUAGAUCUUCUGAUGGCUCUAGCAUUUUUGUGACCACAGACCGAGUCUUUGCUAGAUUUUGGGAUUAGCAACUGACACGAGUUUAAUGUGAAGAAAAACAACA